UUGUUGUCAGUUUAAUCUGAAUUUAAAAGUAAAAAACAGUCUAGUCUGUCACUGCGUCGACAUACCCGUAAAUGUUAAAAUAUGAGCUGAAUGCAAACUAUCCGGAUAGAUGCACCAGUAAACAUUUAAUCUCAGUGUUAACUUUUGCCAAACCUGUUGCUCUUGCAAAUCGGUUGACAAAAAUAGGAUUGAAGGGGAAGAUUCGGCAACAACUCGAGUGAUCUUAUUUAUGUUUAAUAAGCCAAAUUCCUUUAAAUUAAUUAUUCCUUCAGCUUUUAUUCACCAGAUUAAAGUUAAGGCCAUCAUGCCCACACUUAACAAUGAGGGAUUGUUAGUGCAGCCUAACUUUGUAUUUAAAUUCUUUUUAAAAUUCAUUUUGUGUGUAAAGCACACACGGGGAUGUUGGCUAUCUCAGGAUCUUGCUCACAAGUGAGGGCAGAAAGGGAUUGGCUGUCGGACUGAGGCUUUUUUUUUUUUUUGCAGUGAUGCAGAUGCUGAACCGGAUUUUUGUGAUAAAGAGAGACCUGAACGUGAAAGCAAAGCUGUCAAUUUACCGAUUGAUAUACGUCCUUACCCUCACCUAUGGUUACGAGCUCUGGGUUGUGGCUGAAAGAAUGAGAUCACAGAUACAAAUGGCGGAAAUUAGUUUUCUCCUAAGGGUCGCUAGCCUCUCUCUUUAAAAUGGGGUGAGGAGUUCAGCCAAGCCACAGGCAUUCAGAGUAGAGCCACUACUCCUGCACAUUGAAAGGAGCCAGUUUGAAUAGCUCAGGCAUCUGAUUUGGAUGCCUCCUGGGCGAGGUGUUCUGGGCAUGUCCUACUGGAAGAAAGCCCUAGGUAUUCCCAGGACACUUUGGAGUGCCUUGGUGUUCUCCCGAAUGAGCUAUAGGAGGUGCCUGGGGAGAGGGAGGUCUGGGUUUCUCUGCUUAGGCUGCUGACCUCACGAUCUGGCCCCAGAGAAGCAGGAGAAGAUGAAUGGUCAAGUAAUGCCAAGUACUGUUUGCAAGCCAGAAGCAUUAAAAACUUUCCACUUCAUUAUCAUUAACAGUGAAUGCACACAUUAUUAAAAUGCAGACCAGAAUGCAAAGAAAAAUAGUAAUAGCAAAUAGUAAUUCAUAACAAUAAAUGCAUUUUUUAUUUAUUUUAAGUUUGUUCAGUGUCCAGUACCCCCAGAGCAAAUGACCAGAAUACUUUUGGUCCUUUAUAUAGAUCUGGCACAGGACUCCACAUAGUGACCCACGCUUGUUGGUCAGCAAGACUAGAAGCAUAAUGUUUAGAGAUACACUAAAUAUGAUUUUUCUCGGCCGAUUCAGAUUUGUUUUUGAAGUCUGACCUGCCGAUUCCUAUUUUCUAAGAACAACAAAUGACAACACAUGGAAAUGAAUAUCUACUCGUCUUCAAUGCAAAAAUAAAGCUAAUAUGAGCUGCUUUCUUGCCACAAGGAGUUGCCACAGCAGUGAGGAUGUCUUUGAAUGAUGAGGGGUACGUGGUUCGGAUCAGAGGACUUCCCUGGUCCUGCACACAGGAGGAGGUGGCCAGUUUCUUUUCUGACUGUGACAUCGUGGGAAAAGUAAAUGGAGUGUGUUUCACAUACUCAAAAGAAGGCCGUCCGAGUGGAGAGGCAUUUAUUGAGCUGAAAACAGCAGAAGAUUUCAAGAAUGCUCUUGCUAAGGACCGUAAAUACAUGGGGCACCGAUAUAUAGAAGUGUUCAAGUCGAACCGUAGUGAGAUGGACUGGGUGCUGAAGCGUAGCGGUCCUGCUGACUAUGACAGCUGCAGUGGCUGCAUGCUGAGACUUAGAGGCCUGCCCUUUGGCUGCAGUAAGGAGGAGAUUGUUCAGUUUUUCUCAGGGUUGAGAAUCGUGCCAAAUGGGAUAACUCUGCCAGUGGACUACCAGGGGAGGAGCACAGGGGAAGCCUUCGUGCAGUUUGCCUCAAAGGAGAUAGCAGAAAAGGCUCUGGGGAAACACAAGGAAAGAAUAGGGCACAGGUACAUAGAGAUUUUUAAGAGCAGUCGUAAUGAAAUCAGAGCCUACUAUGAGGUGCCCCGGCGGGGAAUGGGAGCCCAGAGACCAGGGCCCUAUGAUAGACCAAUGAUGAGCGGCCCCAGAGGAGGGUUUUUUGGUCCUUCUCCUGGCCGUGGUGCCACCAUGAUGGAUAAUAUGAGGAGUGGAGGUGGUUACGGAGGAGGUUAUAGUAGCUUUGACAACUACAACGGGUUCAACAACUACUGUUUUGGCAACGGCAUGUUUGACGAGCGAGUGAGAGGAGAGAGGGGAGGAAGAGGAGUGGGAAGCCAUGGUUACAGUGGUCAGGGUGAUGUCGGCUCAGGCUUUCAUAGCGGUCAUUUUGUCCAUAUGAGGGGUCUACCUUUCCGUGCCACAGAGGGAGACAUCGCUAAAUUCUUCUCUCCUUUGAACCCGUUAAGGAUCCACAUCGAUAUGGCUCCCAACGGCAAGUCAACUGGAGAGGCAGACGUGGAGUUUCGCUCCCAUGAAGAUGCCGUGGCCGCCAUGUCCAAAGACAAAAACCACAUGCAACAUCGCUACAUCGAGCUGUUUCUUAACUCGACAGCCAGCGGUGCCGCUGAAAUGAGCCGUGGCAGCGGUGGUUACUAUAGUAACUCAGGAGGAGGAAGCUCCCGGAGCAGCGGGCUGCGAGGUGCAUACUGACGAUGUCAUCCCACAGCUCCAGUCCAUCCUGGCGUUCAUGUCACGUCUCUGAAGGCCACAUUUAAUCAAUGAGCGUUUCUAAGCAGGAAAGCUGACGGGAAGUUCCACAUUUUCUUUUUUUUUUUUUUUUUAAAAGGCAGAAUGAAAAAAGUAAGACACAGACAUGACCACAACGAGCACUAUUUUCACACUAUUCCUAGAAGCAUAUGAAGAACAACACGGCUUACACGGAGAUAAAAAAAUCCCGGAGCUGUCACAGGUGCUGAAUGUGGUCGACUGGUCAUGUCAAAGGGUUCAUGUUUCUUAAAAUUGAAGAUUGUAGUAGUUUAUCUGAAUACACACAAAUACAGAAAAGAUACAAAUUGCAGAAAGACAUGUCGUCUUUUGUAAUUAUAUUUUUUUGGAAUGGUAUUAAGAGCGUUACAUCUGAAUGCAUUAGUUUUUGACGACUUUAGUGGGAUGCACUUUUUUUUUUUUUUUUCAGUGCAGCAGGAGGAGCUUCAUCCCACAGAGCAACAGCUGUGGUGUUUGAUAUGUAAGGGGUGGGUGGAUUGCUUUGGUUUGGGUAUCUCGUUGCAAGUCUUCAUAGGUUGCGGUCUUAAUCAUCUUGAUUGAAGUGUGUUCAGAUAACAUCCAUUUGACCUUGACUUCAGAUCAGCUUUUCUGGUUGAGAAUGUUUUGUAAAUGUGAGCCUGUGUGUUUUUUAUGAAUGUUUUCACAGUUCAUUACAGAAUUUAAAAUAAGUUGAAAUAUUAUAUUCCACUCUCAAAGAGUGGAAUUAAAAUAAAGUCUAUAUUUGAGCUGUAAGAUAGCUUGUGCAGCUGUUGUACAU